AUGGAGAACGAAGAACCAGUGCUGUCUGCACCGGACGUGCAGGUAGUGGACCCCGAUGUCCGCGCCCAUGUCUAUAGUCUCGUCACUGCCUUGGGUGGUUUCAAUGGCGAAGAUGCAGACAAGUAUGUGCUGGGAGAUGACGCUCUGGCUUGUCUCCGGGAUAUUAAACGCUGGCUGAAGCUAUACGAUGAGAAACACAACCGGAUGGAUGUGGCACGGUGCUUGGGAGAAGCCAAUCUUGUCAACGGAGAUUUGCUACCCAUCCUGGCAGUCUGGGCGAGCAGCAAGAAACAAACCAAAUACAUGUCUAGGAUCGCAUUGGCAUGCUUAGAGCUGCUGGUCCCUUUGACAUGGCCGGUAGAACUACACGGGGAAUUGACAAUCAACCAUCAUCGGCAUAUACCAUACAUACAACAUGUCCACGUUUCAUAUAAGCGAGGCCUAUUAAGUCAUGCUAGCACCAGCUACCUUCGGACUAUUAUCCGCGUCGGCAUUCCGAGCAUGGCCAUCCCACGAUCCGAGCGAACGACCCGCGACGAAGGUAUCCUCAAAUUACUACUCUAUCUCCUCCGGAACAUCGCUUUGAUAACCCCAAAUACUCGUCUCGCGGCGGAAGGCGACGAAGAGGAAACCUCGAGAUCUGCAACAAUCAACGCCUUCCAAGAUCAGGAUGUCUUCGCUCUGCUUCUGACUAUGUGCUCCAACGUUGGCGACGACUUCACUAUGCAGGAUGUUGCUCUUCUGGAGAUAUUAUUUCAUCUGAUAAGGGGUAUAAAUGUGGAGAAGCUAUUCAUGGAUGAUGAGCAACGAACAGCGAAACGGACGGACGAGCUAGACGACUUAUUGCGCCAGGAGUCGUCUUUGCGGAGAGAAUACGCGAAGAACGCACCAACUCGACAUGGACGCUUUGGGACCAUGAUCUGGGUCAAGCGUGAUGACGCCAAGUAUUCGACCGUCUCAGGGCAGAACGUGCUCAAAGACAGCCAGGCGACCCUUCAAAAGAUGGACGAGACCAAGAAGUGGAACAAGCCACUGAUUCGGCGAAAGCCACAAGAUUUGACUGUGCACAAUGACUUCAGCACUCCGGUCCACCUAAACUCGACUGCCUCCAACAAUCUGCGGAUGUUCGUGGAAGAGUUUCUGGACUCGGGCUUCAACCCCCUUCUCACUCAUGUACGAAAGGCAAUCGAACGUGAAGCAGACCGUGUCAUGGACAUCAACACGCGCCAGUUUCUCUACACUACUGCCUGGUUUCUCGAAGCGGAGCGCGCACGUCGGGCACGCCAACGCAAGAAGCAUGCAGAGAGCGACAAGCCGGCUAAGGAGCUGGAACCCGAUAGCUUUGGUCUAGUUGCGGGCGUCCUGAAUCAAGAAACGUUCGUCUUCUUGAAUCGCGCUAUGCAGUAUGCGCUGGAUAAUAAAGACUGGGAAGAUCUCAACGCUGGAAUGCGCUGCUUCACCCAGAUCUUGUUGACCGUGCAGGACAUGGCCCAGUCUCCGCUCGAAGAAGACCAAGAGAUCGCUGAAAACAUCCAAAAUCGUAUCUUUUACGAAGAGACAACCCAUGACCGCGUCCUCGCUGUUAUUCGUGGGUACAAGGAUCAACCGUUUGGGUAUCUGGAUGCCUGCACUGAACUCACUCACGUCUUCUUGCGAAUGUUGGAGCGUUAUUCGAAGGAGAACCUCAAUAUGCAAGUACGAUCUCGGCGACGUGCCAGACGCAAAGCCAAGGAUGUAGAAGGUGCUGGUAAUGACGAGAAUGAUGAAGAGAAUGGCUCCGAAGAUGAAGAUCGCAUGGAAGCAGAACGAGUGUCCAAGGAGCGCAAGUUCGAUUUCAGACGGUUUGCCGCCAAGUUCUGCAAUCAGAAAUGCGUUGACACCUUUGUUGCUUUCACCAAGCACUACAAGGAGUUGAACACUGAGCAGCUAAAACGUGCCCACCGUUAUUUUUACAGGAUUGCUUUCAAGCAAGAACUCAGUGUUCUGCUAUUCCGACUCGAUAUCAUCAACCUCUUCUACCGGAUGAUUAAAGGCCCAGGCGCCUUGGAUUCGAGUAAACCGAUAUUCAAAGAAUGGGAAGAAUUCGUGCGCCAGAUUAUCCGGCGAUUGACAAAGAGGCUCGAUCAACGGCCUGCUCUGUUCGUGGAGCUGCUGUUCAGUAAGAUCAACGCGACUACAUUCUACCUCGAAUAUGGUCACGAGCGGCAGACAGUCACCCGUGCCAGGAAGGCUCCAGCAGAACUAGAGAUCGACCCUCGACAGGCUCAUACAAUUGAAGAGAAAAUCAGCAUCAUGGUGCCUGCAUUGGUCUUGGAUGGGGAGGAAGGUCUGGUCAGUUGGGUCAGCGAUGUGUUGGGGUCGGCAGUGGAAGAGAGAGAGGCUUGGGAAGCCCAGGAGAAGGCCCUGCGCGAGGCGGGUGCGGAGAGUUCCAGAAUGCCCAAUCCUAUGAUUUCUGUGAAAGCGCGCGACGAUGCAUGCCAGCAGGCCAUGUUUUCCAACGCGAAGCUCCGUCUUUUAAUGACGUUGGUCAAGUUUGAACGACUUGGUGCAGAGGACGUGCCUGGAGCAGCCUGGGUCAUUCCUUCUGCUCCAAAGGCCCAGGAUCUCAGAGAGAUGAAGUCAUUCAUCGACAAAUACUUCGAGAAAGCUAAGCGAGGGACACUUGGACGAGACCCCCGUGAGCUGAUCCGACGGAAAUACGGUGGUGGAAAGAAGUCAUCAGACAACCAAUACAACCCCGAUAUUCAAUUUGGGGACGAUUCCGAGGGCGAGGACGAGGUACCAGACGGGCCCUUGUUCCCGCCGAACCCUCGGGCAGCGCCAAACCCAGCCAAGAAACCAACGAAGAAGAAAAAGCGCAAAGAACGUGACCCGGAUGAUGAGGAUGAGGACGACUCCGUGGAUGAGGAGACAUUGGAGGAGCGUCGCCGGGCGCGCUUGGAAAAUAGUCGAGCUCGUCUUGCCAAGAUCAAGAGUGAUCUGUAUGUGCACGCGAGUGACGAAGACACCGACGAAGAAGGAGACAAGGAGUUCUUCCUCCUGGAGGAGCAGAGACGUAAAGAACAAGCCCAGCGUAUCAAGCAUGCACUACUUACCGGCAUGACCGAGGACGGAGACGGUUCAACCAAUAAGAAAGGUCAACGCAAGCGCCAAACCAAUCGCACCCGGACAGGUGAAGCCAAGAGCAAGCGGCAACGACGCGGGAAGCAGACUGACGAAGUGGACGAAGAUGAUGAUGUCGUGAUGGGGAACAUGGAUGCCCCAUCGCCUAUGUCGGAAAAAGAGGGCACGCCAUCUGAGGAGGCGGACGAUGGCUUCAAUUUCGAUGACGAUUUGGUAUUCAGUCGGGAUCGAGAGAAGCUGUUGGGUUCUGCUGGGAACGCAGACCAGGACUCGAACAAGCCUGAUGAAGCAAUGGCGCAGGAUGAAGACGACGAUGACGCACCGGUUGUAGCAGCAAAUCGCAGACGCAUGCGCGCGGGCUUCGUGGUGGAUAGUGACUCGGAGUAG